UCUAGGCCGAAGCAUCACUAAUCUGGAGACAAAGGGGCUAGCUACCAUUUCUUUUCGCUCUACUUCUUUUUCUACAGAGACGUUGAAAUACGAGAGUGGAUAGCCUGUCGUUCAUUGUGUAGAGCGUUGUUUUUAGCUAGGUGGUUAGUUAUAGAGGCUUUUUUUUUUUUAUUUUGUCUCACUAGUUAAGGGGUGGAUGAGUGUUAACCAAAGUAGCUCCUUCACCGGCCAGUGAGCCUCGCCUUCUCGUUAUACGGGGCCUCACGGCGGCGGGAGGACAAGAUGCAGAGGGCGGUGGUGCCCUAGGAAGCCGGUUUAAGAGGAAGUGCAGAAAACUGGAGCGAAGAGCCGGGUCGAUUUUGUGCCAUUCGUAUGAGUAUAUUAUUAUAACCGUUCGCGGCCAGAGAGAUGGCCGACACAUCCCCACGUCUUCUCCCGCUAGAUGAAGAUAAAGAGCCAGUGGCCUUGCAGCCCUCUGCAGCAAGCGGAGACGCCGGCAGGAAGCCGACAUCAUCUCCACCAGACCCCAAACUCUCCCCGAUAGCCAAGCGCGCAUGGAGCCUGGUAAGCGAGGCCGUGCAGCGGCGAGACACUCUUAACGAAGAUGCCCGAGAGCGGUACCUUAGCGCAGAGGCAGCAGGCGUCGGCAAGCAGCAGCUAUGCCAAUAUCAAGACGAGGAGUUCAGGCUGCGAUUCAUGUGGUCGACCCUUAUUGACAGCUUUCGGAUGCACUGUAAUCUUGAGCCGAGCUUGAGACCAUUAGAAUAUGAACUGGCCAGAAAAGUCGCAGAAAAGAUCCUGUUGUUCCGAAAACGGUCGUUUUAUAAUCGAUAUUCCAUGAUCUUUGAGCGCAUAAAUGGCAGAGGCACGCUGGGAUACCAGUCGAUACCAGACCCGUACGACAAUGACCUGGCUGAUUAUUGGAGGCCGGCGUAUAUGGCCAUUCUCAAGGAAAGGCAGUAUCGCGAAAUUCCAGCCAGAUUCGCCCAAAUUCUGCCCUCGACUCUUUUCCAGAUGGCGUGUGACCACCUAGGUAUAAAUCCAAAGAGAUGUUUUGACGAGAUACGAGAUUUUGUCCGACAGGGACGGUUUUCUUCGGAUAUUCUGUCUCUAGUUAAGAGGAAACAGCUUGACCUUCUCUGGAGACAGAUCACAGUCGAUAUCAGGGAAUUUCCAUUCAUCUUCUAUCCGCACGAAAUCGAACAUACCAAAAGGCUCAUGAUCGCUAACACCCUAUCCAGGAUACUAAGCAGAUGGUGUAACUACACCUCCCCCGUCGACUACAAGGAGACUCGCCAGUACCAUGAGGACGCCAGUAUGUUGAACGCCACGGAUGGCGUAGGAGGUAUGGCGGCUAGGAAACGUAUAGCCGAAAGCAUUGCCAAAUCGAUAUCUGCUAGUGAUCUCAAAGAUCGACGAAAGCUUUUCGCAGACCUUUUGUCCAAAGAGCUCGUCAUUGUUAAAGCAGCUUUAAACACAGCGAAGUUCGAGGCAGGUUGGAUGCAGAAGAGUGCCGAGGGUUGUACACUCCUGACUGUCGAACUGAAAAUGAUGCUCGACCUCAUCUACGGCGAUGAGAGAGUCGAGAUAUCACAGUUUAGUAUGUAUGGAGAGCAAAGCUUCCCACUGGUCGACUGCGUUGGUGGGACUCCUGCCCAUUGGAAACAGGAGAGGUAUAAGUUGUAA